AAUAUGCAGACAGGAGCGUCCCCACCGAAUUCGGCUCGGAAGACAAGUGUGACUCAGAGCCCAUCACGACGGGGCUCGCAGACUUUGGCAACAGAAGUACCUCAAAAUGUGCGCCUUUCGCUACAUUAAUGGCCCAAAUAUAGGUCUGACUUUGCUACGCAGGAAUUUGGUGGAGUGCUUGUGACUCCAGAGCAGAUCCACAUGGCGUUCCAGUUCCUCGACGUCGAGAAGAAGGGACGCGUGACGCUAGACAACCUGCGCUCAAGACUUGGCAUCUUCUACGACAACAUGAGUCUCAAGGACGUACGACUUCUGCUCAGCGAAGAAAGCGAGCUCUCAGAAGAGUAUUUACAUGCACUGCUACUACCAAACGAGGUCAAGAAUUUCGAUCCGGUAGCGGAAGCUUUCAAGGCCUACGACCCGGAAGAGACAGGCUUUAUAUCGCGUGAAAUGCUGCGCUACGUGUUCGAGCGGCUGGGCUACGGUUCUCUUACUGAGGAGGAUCUCGACAUACUCAUCUCAUGCGCAGACGCCGACCGAGACGGUCGUAUAAACCUCGAUGACUUUCGAACCAUGCUGGAGUAAAAACGAAGCUUUAUUCGUCU